AUGAAAAAUAAUGUGACUGAAUUUCUUCUUGUUGGACUAACCAAGGACCCAACAAGGGAAAAAAUAGUAUUUGUCAUCAUCUUGAUCUUCUACAUUGCCACUAUUUUGGGGAACCUGCUUAUUAUCAUCACUGUUAAGUACAGUCCCACACUUGGAUCCCCCAUGUACUUCCUCCUCACCUAUUUAUCUUUUUCUGAUGCUUGUUUGUCAACCACCACAGCCCCAACACUCAUAGUAGAUUGUCUACGUAAGAGAAAGACUAUCUCCUUUGAUGAGUGCAUGAUCCAAUUAUUUACAGGGCACUUCUUUGGCUGCAUGGAGAUCUUGGUCCUCAUCUUGAUGGCUUAUGAUCGCUAUGCAGCCAUCUGUAAACCUCUACAAUACUUGACUAUCAUGAAUAAGAAAGUAUGUAGGAUCUUGGUGGAAUUAGCCGGGGUGGGGUCAUUUGUGCAUUCCAUUGCCCAACUCUUCAUUGUUUUGAGUUUACCCUUCUGUGGUCCCAAUGUAGUCAACCACUAUUUCUGUGAUGUGCAACCCUUGAUGAAGUUGGCCUGUACAGACACAUAUGUGUUAAACCUCUUGGUUGUUUUUAAUAGUGGAGCUAUCUGCAUGGUGAGUUUUAUAUUGUUAAUGGGCUCUUAUAUUGUUAUUUUGUAUUCUUUGAGAAAUCAGAGUAGAGAGGGGAGGUACAAAGCCCUGUCCACCUGCAGCUCUCACAUCCUUGUUGUACUCAUAUUUUUUGGUCCCUGUAUAUUCAUAUACAGCAGGCCACUGACCACUUUUCCUGUGGAUAAAUUGGUGGCUGUGUUUUAUGCCAUUGGAACCCCUUUCUUAAAUCCUUUGAUCUACACACUGAGAAAUAAAGAAGUUAAAACAGCUAUGUGGAAACUAUGGAGCAGCAGAAAAUCUUUACAUGCAAAACAAUGUGGAUAG